AUGGUCUUCAAGCCCUUCAAGCCUCCUUUAAUAAGGAAACCACAACCGCAGCCGUCGUCGUCGAAUGAAAUCGAGACUGAAUCUGCCCCGAGAGAAACCAUCACCAUUACGGAUGACCAGAAUGCACCUCCGGCUAAGAAACAGCGUUUGCAGACAGAGUCAGCUCCAAGGAGGCCGUUGUUUCAGGUGAGGAAUCAGGGUGGGUUUGGUAGUGAUGAGAAUGGCGAGAAAGAAGAUGAGAAGGAGGCAACUGGAAGUGGGGAUGGGUCUGAAGGGGAGAGGUUUUUUAAUGUCUUGUGGCGCAAACCAACCACCAAAAAAAACAAAACCUGGGACGGAGACGGUAUCCUAAUCACCCGCGACGACGGCUAUGCCUAUCUACAAGAUAUGUCAGGGAAGUACAUGGGCCGUGUAAUCCACGGGUCGAAACUCGAGCCCGGUACGAUGCUGUCAACUGGGAGUAAAGAGAUCGAGGUUGAUUCUGAGAUCCCGAGGAAAGAGUACCUGUCGGGGAGGGUUUUUCUUGAGAGCAAUACCGCUCCAGUGGCGCCAUCUGUGCCUACGAAACAGUUCAUUCCUUUGGCGGGUCAGAAUAAGCUGGGGACGAGGAAUGCUGCUACGGCUGGUGCUACUGCCAGGUCGACCAGUGCGUAUAAGACGCCUUUGCUGGAGACGACCGUUUUACCGCAGAAGAAAAUUCUUCCUACUCCACGUCAUGAUCCGAAAGCGCCGGGGGCGUUGGUGAUGAAGCGACCCGAUUCAGCGCCGAAGGGAAAGCAGAUUGUGGAUGUCGUUGUUGAUCCUAUUUUGUGCAAACAUCUUCGCCAGCACCAGCGGGAGGGAGUACAGUUUCUUUAUGAGUGCGUGAUGGGAUUGCGUUCGUUUAAUGGUGAAGGCGCGAUUCUGGCGGAUGACAUGGGACUGGGGAAAACGCUUCAGACGAUUGCGCUGUUGUGGACGUUGCUGAAGCAGAAUCCAAUCUAUGAGAGUCAGCCUGUGGUAAAGAAGGCUCUUAUUGUUUGCCCGGUAACACUGAUCAGCAAUUGGAGAAAGGAGUUUCGGAAGUGGCUAGGGAAUGAGAGGAUUGGAGUCUUUGUCCUCGACGACAAUCGGAAGCGAUUGACAGAUUUCACGAAGGGUAAGGCUUAUAGUGUCAUGAUCGUGGGAUAUGAGAAGUUGAGGACUGUCCAGGAGGCACUUACGAGAGGCGCUGGUGUCGACAUUAUUAUCGCAGAUGAAGGUCAUCGGUUGAAGACGCUGCAGAACAAGAGUGGUCAGGCGAUUCAGUCGUUGAAUGCUGCGAAGAGGGUUAUUCUCUCUGGAACUCCUAUUCAGAAUGAUCUGAGAGAGUUCUUUGCGGCAGUGGACUUGGUUAACCCCGGUGUUUUGGGGACUUUCAAAGCUUUUGUUAAGGAAUUCGAAACGCCAAUCGUGAGAAGCAGACAACCGGAAGCAACGCGGAAAGACAUUGAAAAGGGCGAGGCUCGUGGUGAAGAGCUAAGGGAGCUCACGUCGAAGUUCAUGCUGCGUAGGACAGCAGAUAUCUUGGCCAAAUACCUCCCACCGAAGACGGAAUACGUCCUCUUCUGCAACCCUACGCACGCCCAGGCCAAUUUCUACAAACACGUCCUCGCCUCCCCUAUAUUCCAAAGCGUCCUUGGAAACUCCGAAAGUGCGCUACAACUCAUCACCAUCCUCAAGAAAGUCUGCAACAGCCCAUCCCUACUCUCAGCGCCGAAUGGCAAAGAUACACCUAGCGAAACAAUCACAUCCCUCCUCUCCUCCAUACCCCUCAAACUCGCCCGCCUCAACAAUUCCCCCGGCAUGAGCGCCAAAAUCCGCGUCCUCGACCAACUCCUCCACAACCUCCGCACCAAGACCUCCGAAAAAAUUGUCCUCGUCUCAAAUUACACCUCCACCCUCGACCUCCUCGCCAAACUCCUCUCCUCCCUCUCCCUCCCCUUCCUCCGCCUCGACGGCUCCACUCCCGCCACAAAACGCCAGUCCCUAGUCGAAGAUUUCAACCGCCUCCCCGCCUCGGUCUGCUUCGCCUUCCUCCUCUCCGCAAAGGCAGGAGGAACAGGCUUGAACCUCAUCGGCGCAAGCCGUCUCGUUCUCUUCGACGUCGACUGGAACCCAGCGACUGAUGUGCAGGCAAUGGCGCGGAUUCAUCGCGAUGGACAGAAGAGACACUGUCGGAUCUAUCGUGUUUUACUGAAAGGUAGUCUCGAGGAGAAGAUUUGGCAGAGACAGGUUACGAAGAUUGGAUUGGCGGAUAGUGUUAUGGAGCGGAAGGAUGGGGUUGCGCAGUUUUCGAGGGAUGAACUGAAGGAUUUGUUUCGAUUGGAUGAGAGCAGUCUUUGUCAGACACAUGAGCUGGUAGGGUGUGAGUGUGGAGGGUGGGGUGUCCUUCCUCCGAACAAGGAUGAGCCGGAGGACUCCUCCGCAAGAGAAUCAUCGGAGCAAAACAAAGAAGAUAACGACGACGAAGAUGAAAUCCCUGACCUCCCCGACUUCCCAACCCUCCUUAAAGCCUCCGAAGUCGACAUGGAAGAACAAGAGCGCCUCAUUCGCCAACGCCAACGCGUUCGGCCAUCCAGAUCCAAACGCAAACACGACCCUGACUCUGAUGACAACGAAGACGAAGAAGAAAACGAACCAAUCAACCAAAAGAACAAAAUGCAGAAAUCGCUCGCUGCGUACGCGCACAUCGAUCCCCUCUUGAUGUCGCAGUCUAAAUUCGCAGAGGAUGAUAUCAUGAAGGUGAUUGACGAUGACGAUGUUUUGUUUCCGUUAGUUCAGGAAGAGGAUAACCGAGUUGGGUUUAUCUUUAAGAAGAGCGGUGCUCUUCCUAGCAGUGAUACGAUUGGCGAUGAAGCCGUAGAUGAAGCUACUAAGAAAGAAGCUGGAGAGAAUUCAGUCUCUAUUCCCAUUAUACUAGAUUAG